AAAUGAAACAAAAAAAAGCUGGGGUGAAGCUCAGAACUACUGCAGAAAUCGCUACCGAGACCUGGCCAGUGUGAGGAACCAUGCUGAGAACCAGGAGAUGGAGACCUUGGUUGGCGAUAGUGAUGUGUGGAUUGGCCUGUUUAGCGACUCCUGGAAGUGGUCAGAUGGCAGUGAUUCCUCAUUUAGGCACUGGAAGUUGGGAGAACCCAAUAACAAUGACAGUAAACCUCGAUGUGGUGCAGCAGUGUUCAAGAAAGAAAACAUGGUGACAGACGAAUGGACAGAUUGGCCCUGUGAUAAUACUUGGCAACCCUUUGUUUGCUACAGCACUCCUCCAGUGAAGAAGACUCAGAAGGUGGUGCGAGUGAGACUGACCCCGAAUAACCAAAACAUGGACAUGAAUGAUCCUGUCGUACAGGAGGCCAUCUUACAGGAAAUAAAGAAGGAGCUGAGGGAGAAGGGGAUGUCUGAUGACGUCAAACUGAGAUGGAAGGAGCAGCCCGAUGGGAAGAUCUUCCACAAAUAAGAAAAGGAGGGUUCCCAAAAGAUGGAGAGAGAACCAGUUAUGACAAAAAGAGGAUUGUAAAUGUUAUUUUAUUUCUUGAUUCGUAGGAAAACUCUCCUCCUAUAUAUUAUUUUAGCUGAUUUUGAGUUUUGUAUGUGUCCAACUAUACGGAAUGAUAAUAUUUUGCAUUCACACAUUAAGACUGUUACGAUCCUUAAUUAAUUCAAUGACUUAGAAUUAUUCAUUAUUUUGUGAACAUCUAUGUAUUCCUAGAGCAGGGAUCAUCCACUAGAUUCAGCCGCGGGCCGAUUUUUUUCUUGAGCGGAUGGUCAGGGGGCCGGAACAUAGUUUCAAUGAAUUUGUAGACAGCAAAUUGACCAUUAAGUCCAAACAGACAUAAUGUUUGACUAAAACAUAAUCAUUUCAAACCUUGCUUUGAAAUGCGUCUCAAUAUUAGGAAGGUGUUCUUAAUGUUUUGUGCAUUCAAUGUAUAUCUUUCUAUUUGUGAUAGAAUACUUAAGAACAGAUUCCCAAAAUUAAAAUCACUUGGAGCUGAUUUGCUGGUGUUUUUACAGUCUUUUAUGUCCAACAACAACAACAAAUGUGUCCUUUGGGCCGCCAGUUGGGGAACCCUGUCCUAGAGUAUGUAUUACAUUACAUAUAUUAUAUUACUGUAUAUGCUGUUGCACUCAUUAACAAUUAACAGGCAGAUAGGAAAAAAUGAGGUGGAGAAAAGGGGGAAGAAGAGAAUGAAGAGAAAGACAGAGAUCUAACUCUAAAUGGUGUCGGAUCAUAUAAGCUACUUAUAAACUUUUGGCUUUAGAUAUAAUCUGACAUUUUGUAUGAAAUAUCAUUUGAGUGUGUAUUAUCUUGUUUUAUUUAAUUAUAAUCAUGAAAUUACAUUAAUAAAAAAAAAACAUAAUUAAUAAGG